AUGGCGACAGCGUGGCAAGAGGUCCAAGUCGCCGGGGCGGAAAACAGAAGAGAAUUAGUUCUUUCUGGUAGUGAUGUUGCAAAGAGAAUAGAAGAAAAUGGCUUAGACGAAAAGAUUUACUCUCUAAAAUUACUAAACUUUUUAGAAAUUUCUGACGCUCGUCUGGAAACUUUAUCAGAAGGCAUCGGCGACCUAUCCAACUUAACGAGUUUAAUUUUGAGAGGUAAUCGACUCGAAGAAGUGCCUGCUUCUAUCGGGAAACUGAAAAACCUGAAGACCCUGGAUCUCUCAAGAAAUGAGCUCGAUAUGCUGCCGGGUGAACUGACAGAAUUAGUUGGCUUGCACACACUCAAUGUCAAUAACAAUAUUUUGAACGAACUACCAGAAAAGAUUGGAGAAAUGGAAAGUUUGUCCAUAAUUGAUGUUUCCCAAAAUCGACUGGAAGAAUUCCCAUCGGAUUUCUUCAAUCCUGGCAUGGUACAUCUGAGCAGCAUUUUAGCAAAUGACAAUAAUAUCACUUUAUUAAGCCCCAAUAUUGCUCAACUGCGCAUGCUGAAAGUGCUAAAUCUGGCUAACAACAAACUCACAAGUCUUCCAUCUGAAAUAUCCGACUGCAUGAAACUCAAAGAUACCAACUUUAAAGGAAAUUCCUUUAGCGAUCGUCGCUUAGGUAAAAUGGUCGAGCAGUGCGCUACUAAGUCAGUACUGGACUACAUACGCACACACAGCCAGAAGGGCAAAGGAGGUGGUAAGGGGGGUAAGGGAAAGAAGGGUAAAAAGAGCAAGAACGUGGAGGUUGAUUCAGGAAGUCCGACUAUCCGAGUCUUGCAUGCUACAGAAGAUGAAACAGCUGUGGAAGUUAACCUGACGGACAAUGUGGGAGAUGUACGGCCACAUAUUGUAUGUUGUAUUGUGAAAGAUUAUGAUUUGGAAUCUGGUGAUGUGUUCAAGAAGUUCAUCUCUGCACAGACUAAAUUACAUGAAACAUUAGGUCAGAAGAGAACCGUGGCUACCAUAGCAACCCAUGAUCUAUCAUCUGUCAAAUCACCACUUCAAUAUGAUGCUAUAAUGCCUUCACAAAUAAUGAUUACUCCACUUGGUAAAACUAAGGAGAUUGCUGCAAACCUAUUGGUCCAUAGUUUAUGGCAAGAAGCUGAAGCAGUUCGUAAAGAGAAGAAGAGAAGUGCUGUCAGCGGGAUACACAAGUACCUGGAACUGGUGAGAGGCUGUCCUAAAUACGCUUGCUUACUGGAUAAGGAUGGCAUGGUAAUCAGUUUUCCGCCAAUCACAAACUGUGAACAGACCAAGAUUUCAAAAUCCACUCGUAAUUUACUGAUUGAGGUGACGAGUUCUAAAAGUCAGGACACAUGUAAAAUCGUCCUUGAUGCACUGCUGAUGAAGAUGUUGGAGUUGAAGAUGAGCGUUGAGAGUGAAGACCUCUCACUUCAAGACAUGCAUAUAUCAGAAGGGGCUGAAGGUGGCGGUGAUGGCGUCGGGCGUAAAGAGCUACUGGUACAACAAGUUAAAGUUCUCAACAGUACUGGCAACCUGAAAGUUGUAUAUCCCUCUCGAGUUGACCUCAGUUCUAGUUCAGUUACUGUUGUACACAGUGCUUAG